GCGGCGGCAGGAGGAGGAGGAGGAGGAGGAGCAGAGGGGAAGCGCGGCAGCCGCCUCCGCCGCCCCGCGCAUCUCUCGGGCGCCGCCGCCGCCGCAGCCAGGCGAGGCAGGCAGGCAGGCGAGGCGGGCAGGCGCCGGGAGAAUGCGCGCUCCUUCCCAGCCGCCGCCGCCGCCGCUUCUUCUCGCUCGCCGCCCGCGGGACUGAGCGCCGCUGGACGCCGGGGCGGGCGAGCUGGCUGGCCGGCCGGCCGGCGGAGACUCUCUCCCGGAGCAGCGGAGAGAUUGGAUGCCGGGGCGGGCGCUGGCGGCCUCUGGCUCCCGGGCCGGGCAGGACGCGAAGGUUUCUUGCACCUGGGAGCUCAGAAGCGACUCCUGUAAUUUGCCUCACAAGGGAAUAAACCUGCUUUUCCUCCAAACUCAGCGCUUCUACUGAACCUACAUUCUCACGAGAGACCUUAUUAGUCUCCAACGUCUUGUGGGAAAGGAAAGUCUGUAAUUUUGGACCACUCUAAAAAAAAAUUGGCAACCUUCAAGUUCCUGGGAUUCUACUAAGGACUCUUGUCGACACAGAAGACCUUGGCCGGACUGCUGUUCCUGUGCAUGAUUGGACCAGCGAGGGGAAGAUCAGCACUGCAUCUCUGGAAACUGGUCAUCCUACACUUGCUUAGGUAAAAGAUAGGAUGGUGGCGGGGAAGUGGAGCAUGUAUUGCCCAAUCUUGGCCUGUUGGCAGCCGAUUCUCAUCUUGAUGUUGGGAUCCAUCCUCUCAGGCUCUGCCACAGGUUGUCCACCCCGCUGUGACUGCUCUGCCCAGGAACGCUCGGUGACUUGCCACCGGAAGCGAUACAUGACCGUUCCUGAGGGCAUCCCUACCGAGACCAAGCUCUUGGAUUUGGGGAAAAACCGCAUCAAGACUCUGAACCAGGAUGAGUUUGUCAAUUUUCCUCACUUGGAGGAGUUGGAGUUAAACGAGAAUAUUAUCAGUGGCAUUGAGCCCGGGGCUUUCAAUAACCUCUUCAACCUCAGGACUCUCGGUCUUAGGAGCAACCGGCUCAAACUUAUCCCCCUUGGGGUAUUUACGGGACUCAGUAACCUCACCAAGUUGGACAUUAGUGAGAACAAAAUUGUGAUUCUUCUGGAUUAUAUGUUCCAGGACUUGUACAACCUCAAGUCUUUGGAGGUUGGGGACAAUGAUCUUGUCUAUAUUUCCCACCGGGCUUUUAGUGGCCUCAACAGUUUAGAACAUCUGACCUUGGAGAAAUGCAACUUGACCUCCAUCCCAACGGAAGCCCUUUCUCACUUGCAUGGCUUAAUUGUGCUACAGCUGCGCCACCUGAAUAUUAACGCCAUCAGGGAUUACUCCUUUAAAAGGCUGUAUCGACUUAAGAUCCUGGAGAUUUCACAUUGGCCCUAUCUAGACACCAUGACAUCCAACUGCCUGUAUGGACUCAACCUGACAUCUCUGUCCAUCACCCACUGCAACCUGACAUCAGUACCUUACGUCUCCUUGAGGCACCUCGUCUAUCUCAGGUUUCUGAACCUGUCCUACAACCCCAUUGUCAGCAUCGAAGGCUCCAUGCUUCACGACCUACUCAGGCUUCAGGAGAUACAGUUGGUGGGGGGACAACUCUCCGUGGUGGAACCAUAUGCCUUCCGGGGCCUGAACUACUUGCGGAUCUUGAACGUUUCAGGGAAUCUUCUGAACACACUGGAAGAAUCAGCCUUCCAUUCUGUGGGGAAUCUGGAAACCCUUAUCAUAGAUAAUAAUCCUUUGGCCUGUGACUGCCGACUUCUCUGGAUCUUCCGACGUCGCUGGAGGCUGAACUUCAAUAAGCGGCAACCUACCUGCGCGACUCCUGAAUUUGUCCAGGGGAAACAGUUCAAGGAUUUUUCCGAGGCACUCCUGCCAAACUACUUCAUUUGUCGCCGGUCGCGGAUACGGGACCGCAAACCCCAGCAGAUCUUUGUGGACGAGGGCCACACCGUGCAGUUCAUCUGCCGUGCAGAUGGAGACCCACCUCCGGUCAUCAUGUGGCUGUCACCAAGGAAGCACCUCAUCUCGACCAAAACCAACGGGCGGCUCACCGUCUUCCCCGAUGGCACUCUGGAGGUACGCUAUGCCCAGAUUCAGGACAAUGGCACCUACCUAUGCAUCGCCAGCAAUGCUGGAGGCAACGACACCAUGCUGGCUCACCUGCACGUCCGCAGUUAUUCCCCCGACUGGCCCCACCAACCCAAUAAGACCUUCGCUUUCAUCUCCAACCAGCCGAACGAGAGCGAUGCCAACAGCACGCGUGCCACCGUGCCUUUCCCCUUCGACAUCAAGACCCUCAUCAUUGCCACCACCAUGGGCUUCAUCUCCUUCCUGGGAGUCGUGCUCUUCUGCCUGGUGCUCCUCUUCCUUUGGAGCAGAGGCAAAGGGAACACUAAGCACAAUAUUGAAAUCGAGUAUGUCCCACGGAAAUCCGAUGCAGGCAUCAGUUCCGCUGCUGAUGCGCCGCGCAAGUUCAACAUGAAAAUGAUCUGAGGAUGAAGAACCGGAGAACAGAAACACCACUACUAAGGACAGGCAGUGUUCUUUUUUAUCAAACGAUGACGGUGACUACAAACAGUCAACACAAAUGCCAACCUCUCUUCUCUCCACUCGGCUCUCCCAGCCCCCUCCUUCUCUCCCCACAAUCCCGCAUUACUUCCUCCUCCUCCUCCUCCUCCUCCUCCUUUUCCUUGUCCUCCUUUGUGAAAAUGUUCUGAUGACGUCUCCAGAAUCUUCCCCUGUUUGUAGGACACAACUCUGAAGGACUCCUGUGCCGAUCUUAAAAGACAGCAGCAAACUGAAAAAAAACAAAAAUUCAAAACAACAAACCAUAAAAAGUUACAUACUUCCUCUGUAACUUUUGAUUUCAAUAAUUACGGAUUUUUAUGAAAACUUGAAAUAAUAAAAAAGAAAAACCUAUUUCCUAUAGCUAGUUGGAAUGCAACAUCGUGACUUUUUGAUCUGUGCGCUUCCUUUUAUUUUGGUCCUUCCUUUCAAACCUGGAUCAGAGUGGCUCAGUUCAGAUAGAAAUAAGGAUUACCUAUUAAUA